AUGGCUCAAGACGAUCAAAUUUGUUUGAAAGAAUUAAAAACUUUGCGGGCACAGGUCGAUUGGCAGAUUAGAAAGGAGCGACACAAAUUUUUUCUGCAACUUUAUCCCUUAGUGAAAGAUUGGAGUGGCCAACUUCCAAAUCUCAAGGACAUUUUUCGGCCGAAAGAAAUCGAUUGGCUUCUCACGGACUCUAUGAAUCAUUGCGACGAGCCCGAGCUCGGCGAGGGUAGCAAGUUAUCGUUGCGUCAUACCACAGCACUGCAUUGUGCGGCUAGACUCGGUCCUGAAAAGUUCUCCAGCGAAUCGGUGAACGAACUUUUCCAAAUAUACGACAGAUUUGAAGUGAACUACACAGACAAACGAGGCAUGACGCAUUUUCAUGCGGCCUGUAAAUAUGGAUAUCACGAAGUCGUUGAGAAAUUUCUCGAGCUCGGCCAGGACCCCAAUUGCCGCACGAAGAAAUCGGGUGAUACGCCGCUUAUCUUGGCUCUGAUCUGGGGCCACGGGAGGGUAGCCGAGUUGCUGCUACGAAAUGGCGCUCAUUUACAUGUAGCCGAUGAAGAUAGAUCGACUCCUCUUCACUUGAUAUGCCAGAAAAAAUACGAUUUCGACUUGGUGAAAUUAUUCUUCAAAAUCUUCGAUGAACAACAUCAGCUGGUCAAGGUCAAUGCCCGAGAUAAUCAGGGCUGCACACCUUUGCACUAUGCUGUAAGGCGGGACUGCCGCUUCAAAAGGACGACUGAAUUGCUACUGAGAAGAGGUGCCAAUCCGAUUGUGGCUGAUAAGGAUGGAUCGACCCCUCUGCACUUGAUUUGCGACUUAAGCUUCGAUAGUGACGAGGCUUGCAGAGUUGAUAACGAUGGCCUGUUGGAGCUAUUUUUCAAGAUUUGCGACGAACAACAUCAGCUGGUCGAGAUCAAUGCCCGGGACAAAUCCGGCGAGACACCACUACAUCGUGCUAUGGAACGCCAACUCAAGAAGUCGAUCGAAAUUCUGUUGAGACGAGGAGCCAAUCCAAAAUUGACAGGUAUAGGUUCGGGCGAAAGGACCCCUCUUCACCUCAUUUGCGGAAUAAACUCGAAUAAAGAGUCGGCGAUAAUCUUGAAGUUGUUUUUCGACCUAAACGACGAAAUUCAUCAAUCGGUAGAGGUUGACGCCCUAGACGAUUAUGGUAAUACACCGCUGCACAAUGCCUGCUCGUGUCAUAACUUCGGGCUGGCUGAAGUGUUACUCAGAAGAGGUGCCAAUCCGAACUUGGUGAACGAGAAUGGGUCACUACCGCUGCAUUUAAUUUUUAAUCAAAGCUACGAUAUCCAUGUGCACUCAUUUUUGAAGAUAUUCUUCGAGAUCUGCGCCGAAAAAAAUCAGAAGGUGCAGGUCGAUGCCCGGGACAAGAGUGGCCGUACACCAUUGCAGUUGGCUCUCGACCAUGGCAAGAAGAAAGCAGCUGAAGUGCUACUGAAAAACGGCGCUGAUCCUAAUUUGGCCAAUGAGGAAGGAUCGACUCUUCUGCACUAUAUCUGUCAAAAUAGACUCGAGGUUUCAGUGGUAAAAUCCUUAAAGAUAUUCUUCGAGAUAAAUGACGAUCAAAAUCGCCAGGUUCUGGUCGACGCCCGGGACAAGUCCGGCAAGACACCGCUGCAAUUAGCUGCAAUGAAUUUGUUGCCGAAUGCGAUCGAUAUACUUUUAGAUCAUGGUGCUGAUCUGUCCAAAUUUGUUUUUCCCACCGAGAGUGACUUCGAUCAGUCUUUUCGAGAGUACAUUUGGAGCGGGUAUCCGGUAUAUUUUAAAGAUCUAUGUGAUGCUAUGGUCAUCGUCGAGCGACUGAAAAAAAGAGGAUAUGAACUGAAUCGACAUGACGCUCUAAUAAUCAUGAAUUUAUUCGCUAAGUAUGGAUAUUUUGAUAGGUCAGAAUCACUCGAAUUUUGGCUCAAUAACGAAGAGUUCGUGGAAAAUGCAAAACAUGUAAUAUUACGCGAAGCUGAUGAUUAUCAGGACGAUGAGGAGUUGUCGAGAAAGGCAAGCGACACAUUUAAAUGUUCGAGUUUGUCGCUUUACGAUUUAAUUCUAAUGCCACUUGAAGAGACGGAAAAACGGUUUACAUAUGAAGACUACUCAGAUUUUGCGGGCCACUAUUAUUGGUGUCAUAUGGAUAAAAAACAUCGUCAUGCUUGCUUUGUGCAUCUGGGUGAAAUAAUGUUGAGAGGAUUUUUCCGGAGCUGGGCACUGGAGCCAUUCUUGGAACUGACUCACAACCGACUGCCAAUUAUUUGCUGUGAGCUGAUCAUCAAGAAUUUGAUGAAUGAGGAUUUAUAUAAUAUUUGUUUGGCUGCAGAAAUUGCUUCAUCAGAAGAAAAGCAAAAUUUGUGA